CUCCCGUCCGUGGGGCCGGACGGGCGCGUCCCCCCGAUGCGGGCAGGAGCCGGCGCUGGGCCAUGAGCAACGCCACGGCGCCCACGGCCCCGGGCGCGGCGGGGGACUCGCUGGUGGGCUCCGUGCUCGGGCCCUUCCUCCUCCUCACCCUCCUCGGUGCCCUCCUGGCCGCGGUGAUGUACGUGAAGAAGAAGCGCAGGUCCGAGCGGCUGCGGCACCGGCUGCUGCCCAUGUACAGCUACGACCCGGCUGAGGAACCGCCCGAGUCGGAGCAGGAGCUGCUGGUGGAGGCUGAGGAGGCUCAGGUGGUGCCUGGCUGGGGGGGUUCCUCAUCCCCUUGGCCCCCGCGCAGGGACUGGAGGGCCUGACUCUGCCCGGAGCACCGGGACGGGAUCCUGCCCGCCGGAGGGGAGGGAGGACGGGGCAGCAGCUCCGGUUCCAUCAGCCAGAACGGGCAGGAUGUGCCCGCGGUGGUGCCACGAUGCCACAGCUGCUGCCCCCACCUCUGAGCACUGACCAGGAUGGGACAUCUCCUA